GUCGGAGGGAGAAAAAAUAUUCCGAUGAGGACGAGCUGUUCGGUUCGCAUUAUUCUAGAAGGCGUUGACAAAUUCAACAAUCUGAUUGGUUCAGUUCAUUAUUCUGAUGGGGAAACAGUUAAAGACUUGGGUUUGGAGCUCGUUGAAAAUGGUCUUGCGAAAUUUGUUGAAUGGAGUGCUAACAUGAUGGAGGAUGAAGCUAAGAGAAAGUUGAAAGCUGCAGAACUUCAAUGCAAGAAAGAUAGGGUUAAAAUGUGGGGAAACUACGUUCCUCCAGCUACAAACUCUAAGGCAAUUCAUGACCAGAACUUUAUGGGAAAGGUAACAUUGGAAGUGGUGAGUGGGGAUUGUCUUAUAGUUGCCGAUGAUGCUGUUCCAUUUGGGAGUCCAGCGGCAGAGAGACGGGUCUGUCUUUCGAGUAUCAGAUCUCCCAAAAUGGGCAACCCACGCCGAGAAGAGAAACCAGCUCCUUAUGCUCGGGAAGCAAGAGAAUUUCUGAGACAACGGCUUAUUGGCAAACAGGUUAUUGUUCAAAUGGAAUACUCAAGGAAAGUCACCCAAGCAGAUGGUCCUACCACAUCUGGAGCUGCUGAUAGGUUCAUGGAUUUUGGCUCAGUGUUCCUUCCAUCUCCUGCCAAAGGCGAUUCUGAUGAAGUGGCUGCAUCAUCUGCUGCAGCAAUUAAUGGCAGUCAGCCGGUUGGUGUGAAUAUUGCUGAGCUCGUUCUUGCCCGUGGUUUUGGAAAUGUGGUUAGACAUAGAGAUUUUGAAGAGCGAUCAAACCAUUAUGAUGCUCUUCUGGCUGCUGAAGCUCGUGCUCUGUCUGGAAAGAAAGGAAUCCAUUCUGCAAAAGAAUCUCCAGCCAUGCACAUCACAGACCUAACUGUGGCGGCAGCUAAGAAAGCUAAAGAUUUCCUGCCAUCCUUGCAAAGAAUCAGGAGAAUACCCGCUGUUGUGGAAUAUGUCCUCAGCGGACAUCGGUUUAAGCUUUAUAUCCCAAAGAUAACAUGCAGCAUUGCCUUUUCAUUCUCUGGUGUCAGAUGUCCUGGCCGUGGCGAACCUUAUUCAGAAGAGGCUAUCUCUGUAAUGAGACGUAGGAUCAUGCAGAGAGAUGUUGAGAUUGAAGUUGAAACCGUGGAUAGAACCGACAGGAUCGCCGAAGCACAUCUUCUUGAACAGGCAGAGAGAUCUGCUAAAAACCAGAAACUGAAGAUUUGGGAAAACUAUGUUGAAGGAGAAGAAGUCUCAAACGGAAAUACAAAUACCGUAGAAACCAGGCAAAAGGAGACCUUAAAGGUUGUUGUUACAGAAGUACUUGGAGGUGGUCGGUUCUAUGUUCAAUCUGCUGGAGAUCAGAAAGUAGCUUCAAUUCAGAACCAGCUUGCAUCCUUGAGUAUUAAAGACGCUCCCAUUAUCGGGUCCUUUAAUCCAAAGAGAGGUGACAUCGUCCUUGCACAGUUUAGCCUUGAUAACUCCUGGAACCAUGCAAUGAUUGUGACUGCACCCCGAGCAGCGGUUCAAUCCCCAGAUGAAAAAUUCGAAGUUUUCUACAUCGAUUAUGGAAACCAGGAGACCGUUCCAUACAGCGCAAUCAGACCAAUAGACCCUUCUGUAUCCGCAGCACCAGGGCUCGCUCAGCUCUGCAGACUUGCCUACAUAAAGGUUGCAAGCUUGGAAGAAGACUUUGGUGCUGAAGCCGGAGAGUAUUUGCAUACGGUAACGCUGGGUAGUGGUAAAGAGUUCAAAGCAGUGAUAGAAGAAAGAGACACAUCUGGAGGCAAAGUCAAAGGGCAAGGAACUGGAACUGAAUUUGUUAUCACACUCAUUGCUGUCGAUGAUGAGAUCUCUGUAAACGCUGCAAUGCUUCAGAGUCAUUUACCUCUUCCUUUGUUACUGGCUAAACUACUAAGUAGUUCAGGAGCAAAGUUGAUCUCCUGUAGUAACCAUAACGAUUAACAAUGGAACUCGAUUUCAAUUUGAUGAUAUACACUUUCAAAGUUUCGAUUUUUGAGUUUUCUCUAGUAUGUGGUUUUGAUUUGGAUUCGUUUUCAAAGGUCCUGUAUUUGCUGUUGUCUUUAAUUCUGACUACAAAUUCAGUCUUGAUCUUUGUGUGUUCAACUCUUUUUUAUAUGCAUUGACAUCUUUCUGAUCAUUUCUACACCAAAGGCUUGAGUUUUCAUUCGUAUGGAUUCUUUGGAUAUUGAAAUGAGAGGUUAAUCAAAGAUGUAAGUAACU